GGACUGCGGGUAGAGAAACUGGGCCUGGGUCACUUGAGUUGGUGACCCUGUUGGUUCACGUCUCCCAGGGGCGUGACCACCCCAGGGGCGUGGCUGGACUCGCCAGGGGCGAGUCCGGGCAUGCGCGGCCUGCGGAGGCGUGGUCGCACCGGCGCCAGCAGAGAGCGUGCGCGGCGGCCUCAGGCUCCGAUUGGCUCCAGCGGCCGGGGAGGCGGGGCCCUGGCUGCGGCGCUUCCUCCUACCGGGGCUUCCGCGGCGCAGCCCCAGCGGCGGGAACGCCUGCAGCAGCCUGGAGUGGAGCGGUGGUAGGGUCGGUGGUAGGGCUGGGGCCGGAGCUGGGGGUCAGAGUCAGUGCCGAAUCCUGCCCUGAGGCGGCGGGCUCUGCGACCCUGCGAGCCCGGAUCUCCAGUCAGUGGAAGGGCACGCUCCACCUCCAGCCUGCACAGUUGGUCCCUCCCAGGCAGGUUGUUCAACCUUGUAGACCCAGAUGGACGGGCCAGAAGGUAAUGCCGGUCAACUCGGCCCAGCUGAGAGGUCCCACCGAAGCAGCGUGUCCUCAGUGGGAGCCCGAGCUGCUGAUGUACUGGUGUACUUGGCUGAUGACACAGUGGUGCCCCUGGCUGUGGAGAACCUACCCUCACUCAGUGCCCACGAGCUGCACCGGGCAGUCCGUGAGGUCCUGCAGCUUCCAGACAUUGCCCUGGAUGCCUUCGCACUCUGGCUUGUCUCCCCGCUGCUGGAGGUGCAGCUAAAGCCCAAGCACCAGCCCUACAAGGUGGGCCGACAGUGGACUGAGCUGCUGCUACGCUUCUCCGACGCCCCGGAUGAUGACGUGGCCAUGGACGAGCCUUCCCUGCAGUUCCGAAGGAACGUCUUCUUCCCCAAGCGGCGGGAGCUCCAGAUCCACGAUGAGGAGGUGCUGCGGCUGCUCUAUGAGGAGGCCAAGGGCAACGUGCUGACGGCGCGGUACCCGUGUGACGUGGAGGACUGCGAGGUGCUGGGAGCCCUGGUGUGCCGGGUGCAGCUUGGGCCCUACCAGCCUGGCCAGCCUGCUGCCUGCACCCUGAGGGAGAAGCUGGACUCUUUCCUCCCUGCCCACCUCUGCAAGCGGGGCCAUGGCCUUUUUGCUGCUCUCCGCGGCCGCGGGGCCAAGCCUGGGACCGGCGAGGAGGGCUUGCUGAACGCCUACCGCCAGGUGAAGGAAGCAGUCAGCAGUGGUGACAGCCCGCGUGAGGCCGCCCUGGGCUCCCACUACCGAGCCUACCUCCUCAAGUGCCACGAGCUGCCCUUCUACGGGUGUGCCUUCUUCCAUGGUGAGAUUGAUAAGCCAGCCCAAGGCUUUCUGCACCGGGGCGGACGCAAGUCAGUGACUGUGGCCAUCAGUCUGGAAGGCGUGCAUGUCAUCGACAGCAGGGAGAAGCACGUCCUCCUGGGCCUCGGCUUCCAGGAGCUGUCCUGGGACCACACCUCCCCCGAGGAGGAGGAGCCUGUGCUGUGGCUGGAGUUUGAUGGGGACAGUGAGGGCAUGCCGGUGAACAAGCUGCUCAGGAUCUACUCCAAGCAGGCCGAGCUGAUGAGUGGCCUCAUCGAGUACUGCAUAGAGCUGAACCAGGCCUCCGAGCCCGCUGCUGCCCCGGAGGGCAUGUCCGGCGCCCGCUUGGCCCCGGGCCCCUCACCACCUCCCGCUCAGCGCCCCAAGCUGCGGAGGCAGGGCAGCGUGGUGUGCAGCCGGAUCCAGCAUCUCUCCACCAUCGACUACGUGGAGGACGGCAAGGGCAUCAAGCGAGUGAAGCCAAAGCGCACCGCCUCCUUCUUCAGCCGGCAGCUCUCCACAAGCCAGGGCAGCUACACCGUGGUGCAGCCCACCGACAGCCUGGAGCAGGGCUGAGGGCAGCCGACUCCCAGGCCAGGGCCAGGCUGUGUGAAUCUCCAAAGUGAGCGUGUGGCGGAGGCUGCCUUGGCCUCUCAGGGCCUGCUGUGUUUCAGACCAUGGAGAAGUGACUUCUGUGCCUGGACAGUACCUGGACUGCAGAGCUGGCCAGGGGCAUCCUGCAGGGUCCCUGUUACAGCCUGCCUUCCCUUGCCUGGAUUCUGGGCGCAGCUGCUAUCUCAGGACCACUAGAUCGGGCCCCAGCUGCCCCCUCCCACCCACAGACACACCUUCAUGCCCAUCUCAAGGCGGACAGUGUCCCCUGCUCUGAACAUACUGCUGGCAGCUUUGAGGGCCAAGGAUCGGGGCUUGGGACCUGCAGGUUCACGGUGUGCCUUUGAUCUUCCCCCGGACUUUGGUGACCACGUCCUGCAUUCCUCUGCGGCAUUCCACCCGACACCGACACUGCAGGAUGGGCUGGCGCUCCAAGGAGGUGGGAGGGCCUCCUGGAACUGGACCAUGCAGAAGCAGGCAAGGUCCCCUGAGCCACCCCUGCCUGGCUGAGUGGGACUCCAGGGAGUGGGGCAGGGUGCCCCCCACUCAGGUGUCCCCUGCAGGCACACAGGAUACUAAGCAGAAAGGAAGGUGCCUUCUUGUUAGCCUUAGGUAAUGUCACUGUGCUGGGAGGUGGCUGUCCUGUCCAGCAGGCGCACCGACCCACACUCCACACUGGGAAAAGCUCCUGAAAAGCCCUUUGUCACUCUCCUAGGUCCAGGCUGCUCCCCAGUGGGCCACCAAACCUGCCCACCCUGCGUCUCUAACUCCCCACCCCCAGGGCCGGGCAUCUAGGUUCAGUCCUGAUCCUCCUCUGCUUGGUUUGGUGGAGCCUGUGAACCCUGGCAGUUGCCAGGAGGCACCCUCUUAGCUUCAGGGCCAAGAGUGCCUUCAGGGACGCUGGGGGUUCCCUGGGGGCUCCCUGGGGGGCAGCCCCUACAAGAGACCUGCUAGAUGGUCUCUUCUCCCCCAGGGACACUGGAAAGGGGACUUGGAUGCAGGUGCUUGACUGCUUUCCCAGUUUUGUCCUCCUGGCAACCAUGACUUUGUGUUGGAAAUUCUCUGGGAGGAGCCAGUCCCUUGGGCUUCUCUGUGGGGACAUGGCUCUCAGGGCCAGGAAAGGCAGGCCUGGGCAACACAGGGCUUAUUCUGGUCACUGGGGCCUACUGACUGUCACUGCAGGUGUAUUUUUAUCUGAUGGGCCCAGGGGCAUGUGGGCGUGGCCGGGUGUGCUUCCGGUCUGCCUUUGCCCUCUUCAGCCUUUCUCACGGUUCCUGAGCACCACUGUGCUGUGACCUUCUCUGCCUGCCCUUUGGGACAAAGCGGUAUUCUACUAAAUGUCCUUUGAAUGUUCUCAUUCUUUUGUAUCAUGUGACUUAUUAAUAAAUCCAUUUCUA